AUGGGGGCCAAGACGGGGCGGGCGGCAGCGGCCGGGGUGAUGCGCACCAGGCUGGCCGGAGAUCUGUCCCGCCGGGCUGCGCGGGAGCGGCCUGGGGUGAGGGAUGCUGCGUUCCCCCGGGGGAAGCUGGCCCGCGACAGCCUGUGGCCCUUGGGCCUCUCCAUGUCCGUACCCCUUGUCCCCGCCCACGUUUUGUUGGCUUUUUUUCCCCUCGGGGAUUCAAGUGUCGAAGUGCCCUGGAAGUUCGCCAGUGUGUCGCACAGCCCUGAUUUCACACCCCAAAAAAUAAUUUUUGGCAGCGGCCGGUCUGCGCCCUUGGGGCCACUUGCAGCUCAGGCGGCCCCAGGGCCGGCAGAGGCCCCGCUCCGGACAGAUGGACAGAUGCUCGGCGGUGGACGCGUGGCUGCGGCCGGCAGCGGGGUGGGCUCGCUCCCCGGCGGGCUCCGGAGGGAGCACCCCCCGCCCCGUCCUCUGCCCCGCCUGAACUCCCGGCGUCGGAAUUUUCCGAGGGAAAAAAGAGAGGUUCAGGUUGGUGUGGGUCCACCUCGGCUUUACGAGGCUGCGGAGGAGCGGGAUGGCCGCUGUCCCCGGGAUGAGGGCUGCCUUCACUAUCCCUUCCUCAACCUAGGCCCUUACGGGCUAGCUACUGUCAUUGCCAUGUCCAGAAAACGAGCUCCUAAAAAGAUUAUCCCUGCGAGUAAAGCAUCGGUGGGCAAUGAAUUGCUUCUCUGUGCAACACUCAGAUACUGCCUUUUUGCUGUUCUAGUCAAUGUUUCACUUCCAUUUGUUUUCUACGCUGUUAACUUGCAAGCACAAAAACUUCCUAGGAGGCUGAACUUCUCAGUGAGUUUGAUUUUAGCAGAAGCCUGUAAAGCACUUAUUGAAGAUAAGGUGUCCUUCUGAAGGAAAAUACCAUUCAGAGAACCUAACUGCACAGAGUACCUCACACAGAACCCCCACAUCACCUGUGCCCUCGCAGCCAAGGAGGCCGCCCACACCCACGUCAUGACAUUGCACAAAGAGUUUGAGACCUUUGAGCUCCCCUUCAGGGAGCUCUUCAUGCUCCAGAGUGUCUACCGUGUUCAUGGGGAUGGCAGCAUCUCCCACCUGUGGACUGACCUCCACUGCUUGGCCUUGGCCGUGCCCUGGUGCUACCUACUCAACACCUGUGGUCAGGACCUCUCCUUGAAGAACAACAGGGAGAUCAUGCAGCUGCUGAAGGGCCGGGGGAACAUCACACCCAGAGUGCUGCCACCUCCCUACCUGCACCACCUGCACGUGCACAGGGAGCAAUUUUACUCUUCCUUCUCUUUCAUGCUGUGGACAUUUGUGUGCAAGACACCGCCGGCCAGAAAACCUGGACACCUAUUCUGGUACAUGGCCAUCACCUGGCUUUUUGUGGGGUUCAUGCUGUAG